AUGCAAACUCUUGCUCAAACAAUAAACUGCAGUCAAGACCUGGUGGCCUGCGUUGUUCUCUCCUCAGACUGGAAAAUGGCUUCUCCAAUGUUCAUCAUGAGGCAGAUGUUGGUGAUGACCAUCUUUCUCAUCCUAGCACUGUGCUUGUCUUUUGUUUUUUGGGAAACUAUUACUAAAAGAAAAUCAUUCUCAGAUCCCACAAUACCGAAGCAGUUUUGGACUGACCUGCCUGGCUGUUUGGCUGUCAUCAGUGGAGAUGUACAUGACAAGAAAACUGAAUUAGAAAUGCUUCUUGGAUCCAGGAGAAGGCCAACAAUUUUAUCUGAGGAAUUCUACAUUAAUGCAACAAAGGACUGUCCGUCUUACAUUAAAGAGAGAAGUUUUAUUUCAAAGCCUCUUAGUGAGGAGGAAAAUAAUUUUCCUAUUGCCUACUCCAUGGUCAUCCAUGAGAAGAUUGAGAUGUUUGAGCGACUCCUACGAGCUGUUUAUGCUCCACAGAAUAUCUACUGCAUACAUGUGGACCAAAAAUCCUCUCCAGAAUUUCAGAAGGCUGUUAAGGGAAUUAUUUCUUGCUUUCCCAAUGUUUUCAUAGCUAGUAAACUAGAAAGAGUUGUAUAUGCCUCGUGGUCCAGAGUACAGGCAGAUCUGAACUGCAUGAAAGACCUGCUGAACUCUCAUGUCGACUGGAAGUACCUGCUCAAUACCUGUGGGGCAGACUUCCCCAUCAAAACAAACAGAGAGAUGGUGACGGCACUGAAAGCUCUCAUCGGGAGAAACAGCAUGGAAACUGAAGCCACCAACGACUACAAGAAAACCAGAUGGCAGUAUCAUUACAAUGUUACAGACAAUAUCAUCCAGACAGGUAUCAUGAAGACGCCUCCACCUAUUAGCAGCCCCAUGUUCUCGGGAAAUGCCUACUUUGUGGUCACAAGAGCAUUUGUGGAGCAUGUGAUGCAAAACGAAGACAUUCAGAAUUUCAUGGAGUGGGAGAAGGACACGUACAGCCCUGAUGAGCACAUGUGGGCUACUUUACAGAGGAUGCCCUCUGUUCCUGGGUCACUGCCUGCUAAUGAUAAGUAUGAUGUGUCAGACAUGCAGUCUUUUGCUCGCGUGGUAAAGUGGUCUUAUUUAGAGGGCGAUGUGCGCAAAGGAGCCCCGUACAACCCGUGCACAGGGCAACACAGAAGGGCCGUCUGUGUGUACGGGGCUGGUGACCUACCAUGGCUCCUAGAACAACACCAACUCUUUGCAAACAAGUUUGAUCCUGAAAUUGAUGAUGUUGCAAUCAGGUGUUUGGAGGCAGUUCUGCAUUUUAAAGCUUUAGGCCAUGACCCACUGUCAAAAUAUUUAAAUACUUUGUAAAAGUUGAAAUGCUUUGAAGCUGAAAUAUAUUAACUGCUACUUCAACCCAGGUGAAUAUUUUGGAAACCAAUUUAUUUAUAAUAAUCCCCUGAAAUGUCUCAACAAUAUUGUCAAUAUUUUAAUUUCUUUUACAAUUACUUUGGAGUCUUAAUGGAAGAAAUGUAGCUCAUUGUAAUGAAGUGACUUGCAAUGUGAAAGAUGUACUUGUUUAUACUAAAGUCAGUGCUACUUUAUCACUGUAGCACAAACAAAAAGAAAUAAAAACAUG